AAUUAAUGGCCUCAAACUUAUAUCAGUAGAACGAAAUUAACUUCAAUAAAAAAGUCGAAGAAUUCAACUAAUUAUAUCAACAAUACUCAAUGACAUAGAGUAAAUAACUGAAAUUGGAGAAAAUGAAACUUAUACAUGUUUAGGCUGAACAAUAAGUAAUUCAAAUAUUCAAUUGCUUUAUUUUAAGUUCAAAUUCAUGGAAAUAGAAUACAGUUCCUUCAAUGAAUAGAAUAAAUAGGAGUUUGCAUAAAAGUUUAGAUAAAGUAAGAUACUUUACAUAGAAUGCCAAAAGAAGUUAAGAGAUUUACAAUAAGAUAUUGAUAAACAACCUUAAUCUCAUCAUAGUAAUAUUACUAAGAAAACUUAACCAUCAUAAAUUAGUGGAUUGAAUUCGGAUUUGCACUCUUAAGUGAAACAAUUACAUCAACUAGAUUCAAGAUUACUUGAAGCAGAAGAUACUUAAAUAAGUAUUUUAGAUAAUCUACGUAGUUAGAAGGAGAAACUGCUAAAAGCUAUUGAAGAUGUAAAUAUUGUUACUUUUUAAGUUUUAUAGACGAAAGAAAUAUAGAGUGGAGUUAAAAUGACUUAGAGACAUGCAACCAUGAUUAAGAAUAGAGAAUAAUACAAUAAAGGUAUAUUGAUGACUUUGGUUUGCAUAUUAACAAUUGGAAAUAUACUUAUUAUAUACUAUAAAUUUGUUCAUUGAAAAUACAUGAAUUAAAUAUUAUAUUUAUGAUAUUAAGCACAAUUUUCAUUUUAUUUUAUAUCAAUGAAGCUUUAGCAACAUGUUUAGGUAUACUUAAAAAUACAAAUAUCAAGCUGAUUAAUCCAACCUUACAAUCAGAAACCUCAAACCUACAUAAUCAUAAUGUGACAACACUAUGAUGUUCAAUAUAUCCUUCAUUGAUUAUCCAUUAACCAUUGAUAUAGUCAAACAAUAACAUACAAUCUACACUGUUGCUCCAAUUUCAACCCUCUCUGCCUCUGACAUCCAUAACAAUCUUAAUGGUAUUUGUUCUAAAAAUAUCUUUUUUAAGCCUAUACUGCUACUAGUUUUGAGUUUAGAUCACCUUCUCAACAUUAAUUAGAUGGAACUCAAUAUGAUUUCGAAAUGCUCAUUCAUCAUUAAUUAAAUCAAGGAUUUAUUUCAGAUUCUCAAAUCGCUAUAGUAUCCAUCCUUUUUAAAAUUGAUAAAAAAUAAUCACAACCAUUUUUUGAUGACUACUAUUUCAAAAUUUUGAAAUUCUAAAACAUUACCACUCUCACCAUCAAUUUUCAUAAUUCCCUUGGAUACUAGAUUUCUUCUGAUCCAUCAUUCUAUACUUAUAUUGGUACAUCUGAUUCUCAUCUAUUGGAUUGCCAAUAAUUAGUAUAAUGGUAUGUUUUAGAUACUCCACUACCAAUAACUUAAAAAUAAUUUGAACAAUUUAAUUAUCUCUUCCAUAACAAUCAAACUAAACCAGAAAACAAAACUAAUCAAAAAACAAAUGAAACUAUUGAUCUAUUAAAAUUGAAGGGAAAGUAUUGUGAUAGCCAUCUAGCACGUGAUUUUGGUUUGUUUCUAGGCUAUUGUGUUAUGAUAUUUAUGAUUUAUAAAUCAAUUUGA